CAGGGCAUGAUCGCUUGUCACAUUUUCUUCGGAGACGGAACGAAACAAAAUUAUCUAAAUAAAAAAAAUUAUAAAAAAAGGAUCGAGAUUUUAAUCGUGAGAAAUAAAAAAAAAUUAGUGCCUUUUAGAGUAUUCCAUCGUUGACUGCUCAUCAGUGAAGAAGAUAAAAAAAAAUAUAUCGAAAAAGGAAGCCGCGUGCCAUAAAAAAAAUAAAAUUUAAAUAAAAAGAACCCUCAAAAAAAAUGGUCGAUCACAAAACAAAACUUUUAAUUUUGAGUGUUUGCUACUUUGUGAUAAUACAAAUUGUGAAGAAGAUCUAUAACGAGUAUUCUGGCAGCCAAUACUCAGAAGGAGCGGAAUUUGCAUAAAAAUAUCAUAAAAAAAAAAAUUUUACGUGCCUCAAUUAUACCAGUUGGAGUCAUCCAAUUUCAAUUGAAAAAUGAACGUGAUCUGAUAUCAUCUUUGGCUCGGAUUAACAAGAAACCUGUUGAAUUUUACAAAUUAUUCAUUCAUUUGGUGCAAGUGAGACUUUCCAUUCAUAAUAAUUUUUAUGAUCGUCAUCGUCACGUUGUCGUCGUUGAAAAAAAAAAAUUUAAAUAAUGAAUCAAGUGAAAUAUAAUUAAAAGAGAAUGUUAUUGUUUAAAUAAUUACUACAGAAAAAUAAAAAAAAUACAAAUUAUAAACAAAUGUAAAUAAUAAAAAAAUUAAUGUUAAGUGACUCUCGACAUUAUUGCGCAUCGCCCAGAAAAAAAAACACUUGUUUCGCAUUAAAGCCUUUGAAAAAAAUUACAAACAUAAAAAAAAAUUAAUUUUAUUUAAAUAACAAAAAAUAAAUAGUGAAAUUUAAAAAAAAGUGAAAAUUACCGGUUCUAAAAAUUUGCCUAAGCAAAGCUAGACAAAUAUUCCAUUGUUCAGCGGAUUACUCAUCGUCGAGAAUUUUAAAGCAACAAGUUUUUAUUUGGAGUAACAAUCGCUAUUGUUAUACAAUAUUAAAAGUGCGACACAGCAAAAGCAAACAAUUUAUAAAAAAAAAUAUAAAACACAUAAAAAGACAAAAAGAUGGAUUCAAAUGAAAUUAUGCAGUUUGGAGAAGUGACAACGCGCGACUCAAUAUCACAAGUUAUCACAAAAGCACUCGUUGGAGCGACAGAAAUCACAGAUUUUGAUGAUCCUGGAGAGCUUAGCAAAUUUUCCCGAUCAUUGCUAACAUUCGCCGCCGUUGCCACAAUUCUCAUAAUGUUAGUAGGAAUAUUUGGAAAUUUACUUACAAUCUUCGCCUUAGUUAAGUGUCCCAAAGUGCGAAAUGUCGCGGCAGCCUUUAUAAUAAGUUUAUGUGUAGCUGAUUGCCUAUUUUGCCUGGUUGUGUUACCAUUCAAUGCGUUGCGUUUCAUACGAGGCACCUUUGACCAUGGUGACAUUUUGUGCAUUGCAAUUCCAUUUUUGCAGUACGGCAAUGUGGGUGUCUCGUUGCUCUGCAUUGCCUCCAUCACACUCAAUAGAUACAUCAUGAUCGCGCAUCACUCAAUCUACUCGCGGAUAUACAAGAAGCACUGGAUUUCCUGCAUGAUUAUUUUCUGUUGGCUCUUUUCGUACGGAUUCCAGUUGCCGACGCUGUUCAAAGUGUGGGGACGCUUCGGAUAUGACGAAAAAUUGGGAACUUGCACAAUUGUUCCCGACGAAAAUGGUCGCAGCAGCAAAACGGCGUUGUUCUUUAUUGCUUUCAUCACGCCUUGUAUCAUCAUUAUCGCGUGUUAUGCGAGGAUUUUCUGGGUUGUGCAUGAGUCUGAAAAGCGAAUGCGUCAACACUCGAAGAACCAAAAUGCAGUGCCAAAUAAUUUACGCAGUCCAGCACAAGCAUCGCCAAAUCUUCCUUCUGUGAGUUCUGGAGCAGGUUCAAGCAAUGGCAAAGGAGGAGCUUUUCCGAAAGCCACACGGAUAAAGGAUCAACGUGAAGUGAAACAGAAGAGAAAUGAAUGGAGAAUCACUAAAAUGGUCCUCGCAAUUUUCUUGUCGUUCCUCAUUUGUUACCUACCGAUCACUAUUAUUAAGAUUUUCGACAAAGACGUCAAUAGUCCAGCCCUUCACAUCAUCGGCUACAUCCUCAUCUACCUCUCGGCGUGCAUCAAUCCCAUCAUCUACGUCAUCAUGAACAAGCAAUAUCGCCAAGCCUACAAGACUGUGUUACUCUGCAAGCCACCGAGACUCUUGUCAUUCCGCGGAAGUAGUGCCAACGAGAAAUGGAAAGAAAUCGGGUACAGUUACAACCACAGUCGUACCAUGGUGUCACAAGUUUCAAUUGCCGAGCCGGCGGCGGCGAUGGGCCCAUUAGGCUCACGCACGACCGAUUUGUCGCAGAGUCGCAGUUUGCCUUUGCAUCCGAUCAUGCGCCAAGAUUCGCCUCACCCAGGACAUCUGCCCGUCAUUCCAGAUAAUAAAGAAAUGAGUUACUAAUCAUCAUAUAUUUUGAUAUUAAAAAUAAUUCGAGUCGAUGAAGAUAUAAAAAGACAAUUCUGAAGAAAAAAAAUCGCAAUGAAAAAUGUACAAGAAAUAAUCCAAAAAAUAUUUAUUAAUUAAUUAAAUAAUUAACGAUUAAAAUAUGAAAUAAUUUAAUUAAAUAUUUAAGGAAAUUAGAAUUUAGUUAAAAAUAUUAUGUAAAAAAAAUCUGAAAAUAGGUUUAAAAAAAUUAAGAAAAAAUGAAAAGGUGGAACAGUAUUACUGAAAUAAUUUAAAUAUUUUGUAUUAAGUUAAAGUUGAAAUCGAAAAACAAGAAAAUUAUUAUUAUUAUCGAACAAUCAUUAAACUACUGAAAAGAAAAAAAGCUACUUAUUAUCAACUUCCUUCCUUAUUUUCCAACUUUUAUUAUUAUUUUUAUUCUUAAUAUUAUCAAGUUACAUAAGACAAGAAGAAUUUUUCUGUGUAAAUAUUUGUUCUAAUAAAAAAGUCUUGAAAUUGACCGACUUGUUAUUUUUCCUCUUCUUAUCAAAAGUGUUUGUCUAGAAACGAAGAAGAAGACACAUUCAAAUACUUAUCAUGUCUCGCCAAGCUGAAGUAAUAAUAAUUAUUU